AUGCUAAGGUCAAUCCUCGCAGGUAAGAAACCUUUUAUUAUCCCUAAAUCUAUUAUGUCUUCUCCAGCAGGAUUUCCCAAGAAACAAAAACAGGCCACACUGGCUAAAUUCUUCUCAUCUAUGAAGAAUGAGAAACCAGCUGACAAAAAGGAUCCUGAAGAUUCAACAACAACAACAACUGAAAAACCAUCCUUGUCACCUUACACAGCUAAUAGCAAAAAAACGUUUGAAGAGAUAUUGAAUAGACCAGCCUCAAACCUGGCAUCAUCAUCACAAGGCGUAUCCGAUAUCGCUUCUACUCCAUCAAUACCAAAUAUAUCUACUGAUGAAUCAACAGGACCUGAUCUAAAGAAACAAAAACUGGAAGAAUCGAAUUUGGAACCAAGUAAAGAACCAACAAUAGAGAAUGUAACGCAAGAUUCCACGAAACCGUACUUCUCUUCGAUACCAUAUAGGGAAGUCUGUAAUUUAUUCCAAGAGAUUGAAUCAACGUCAUCACGUCUUGCAAUUAUUAAAUUAUGCUCUGAUUUUUUCAUAAAGAUAAUGAAGGAAAAUCCACAGAAUUUAAUUCCAGUAACGUACCUUUUCAUUAAUAAAUUGGGACCAGAUUAUGAACCAGGAUUAGAAUUAGGUUUGGGUGAAGGACUUCUAAUGAAAACUAUAAGUGAGUCAUGUGGGAAAUCUUUGGCUCAGGUAAGAAAUAAAUACAGAGAAUUGGGUGAUUUGGGUCAAAUUGCCAUGGACGCCAGAAAUGUGCAACCAACGAUGUUUAAACCUAAACCUUUGACCGUUGGAGAAGUUUUUGAAAAUUUAAGACUUAUUGCUAAAUCAGAGGGUAAAGAUUCUCAAACAAGAAAGAUCAAAUUAAUUAAGAGAAUGCUAACUGCUUGUGAAGGAACUGAAGCCAAAUUUUUAAUUAGAUCGUUGGAAUCAAAAUUAAGAAUCGGGUUAGCAGAAAAGACUGUUUUAAUUUCUUUAUCAAAGGCCUUGUUAGUCCAUGAAUGCAAGGAUAAUAAAGAUUUUGAUAUGGAAUUAUUGGAAACCGCUGAACAGAAAAUUAGAGACGCAUUUUGUCAAGUACCCAAUUAUGAAAUCGUCAUCAAUUCCUGUUUGAAAUAUGGUAUCAUGGAAUUGGAGACACAUUGUUCGUUGAGACCUGGUAUACCGUUGAAGCCCAUGUUAGCUAAACCAACAAAGGCAAUUAAUGAAAUAUUGGAUAGGUUUCAAGGUGAAAUCUUUACUUCUGAGUAUAAAUAUGAUGGUGAAAGGGCUCAAGUACACCUACUAAGCGACGGUACCAUGAGAAUUUAUUCACGUAAUGGUGAAAAUAUGACUGAAAGAUAUCCUGAAAUCCAUAUCCGCGAUUUCAUUGCUGAUCCAUUAGUUACAUCUACUUUAAUCCUUGAUUGUGAGGCUGUCGCAUGGGACAAUGAACAAAAUAAAAUUUUACCAUUCCAAGUACUGAGUACAAGAAAACGUAAGGAUGUCGAUUUAAAAGAUGUUAAAGUGAAAGUCUGUUUGUUUGCCUUCGACAUUUUAUGUCAUAAUGAUGAAAAAUUAAUAAAUAAAAGUCUUAGAGAAAGACGACAAAUUUUACAAGAAGUUACUAAAUCGGUCACAGGUGAGUUCCAAUAUGCAACGGAAAUGACAUCAUCGAAUCUGGACGAAUUACAAAAAUUCUUGGACCAAUCUGUUCAUGAUUCUUGUGAAGGUCUAAUGGUCAAGAUGCUCGAUGGUAUUGAAUCACAUUAUGAACCUAGUAAACGUUCUCGUAACUGGUUGAAAUUGAAGAAGGAUUACUUGGAAGGUAUCGGAGAUUCAUUAGAUCUAUGUGUUAUCGGAGCCUAUUACGGUAGAGGUAAACGUACAGGGAUGUAUGGUGGGUUCCUGUUAGGUUGUUAUAAUCAGGACACAGGCGAGUUUGAAACCUGUUGUAAGAUUGGUACUGGUUUUUCAGAUGAAAUGCUACAACAAUUAUAUACUCGACUUACACCAACGGUUCUUGAUGGACCAAAGGCGACAUUUGUUUAUGACUCUAGUGCCGAACCGGAUGUGUGGUUUGAACCUACUUUAUUGUUUGAAGUGCUUACUGCCGAUCUAUCGCUCUCUCCCAUUUACAAGGCCGGUAGUUCGACGUAUGACAAGGGUAUCUCUUUGAGAUUUCCUAGAUUUAUCCGUACCAGAGAAGACAAGGGGGUGGAAGAUGCAACUUCUUCAGAGCAGAUUAUAGAAUUGUAUGAAAACCAAGCCCAUACGCAAUAA